CCCUCAUGAAAGCGGCGAGGCAUUUUGAAGUGACAUCCUCCUCGCCCUAACUGCAGCCCUCUGAGGAAUGAAACAGAGGGGGUGGUGAAUAGGCGUUACUUUUUUCAUGCGCACCUCAUGGACUGUAAAAAUAUUUGGCUCCGCGGCGGACAUAAACGCGACGUGACGGCCCCCGUGAUGUGACUUGACAGUGCUUGGCCGUGUCCGCGUCCGCGUCUCAGAACAAGCGGUCAACCUCCCCUAAUCAUCAAACCAAUGGCGCCCUCAUUGGAAGUCGCACCCAUACCUCAAUCUGGUCUUCCUCAGUCGUCUCCCAAUCUCAUGCCCUUUCAUGUCGAGCACAACGGCGCAGCAGCCAUAUCUACCUACAUGCCAAUUGAAGCUGCUCCAGACAACGUAGCUAAACCAGCGGCAACUACGCCUGACGCUGAAACACCAGAAAUCGCGGGUUCUCGGCCAGAGGACACACCCAUGCCUCUAGAAACAAUACCUACGCCGGACACAGCGACUCGUUUCAUGACGUCUUUCCGAGGACGAACUAUGCACGGCCUGAAGGUACCGCUUCCACAGGGAUAUACCGGUCUUUUGCUCAAUGGCGACGGCGUUCUGAGCUCCGGGAUCAAACCCAGCAAGUCAGGCGUCAAGAUCAAGCCUAAGACGACGGGACGAAGCUCGCGGAGUGUCACUCGUGCCGACGAUGUCGAGAUGGACAGUGAUCAACCCUCAACAACAACACGGACUCUGCUGCCCGUGUCUGAAUUCUCAUCUUUUGUUCUGUGGCAACCAGACAUCCCUGUGGACGUUGGGAGAGAUGAAUAUGCACGAUCGCUAACGGAGUGGGUGACGCUAGCCAAUGAACCACCACUCAUGUUUUCCACCAUCGUUUUCGCCACCGUCCUCGCCGGCGCUCAGCUUGCACACGCAAUUGUGGGACCCAAUGAGCCAGCUCCAGGCGAUACGUUCAACCAAGGCACCAACUGUUCUUUCGCUUGGAGUGCCGAUGAUUCAGGGACCACUGCUUGGAAGGGAAUGGCUGUGGAACUGAUGACUGGAAGCAACGAACAGAUGGUUCACCUGACCACUGUCGCUCAAGGCCUUGACGGCUCAGUCGCUGGCAGUUUCUCCUAUGCCUGUCCUGACGUGACCCCGAACUCCCCCAUCUACUUUUACCAGUUCACGUCUGGCGGAACCCCCAACGUGACCUGGACUGGGCGGUUCACGAUUGCUGGCACAGACGGAUCGAGCACCGCGGCCCUCCAGACCGAGCAGUCCGCCGGCACGACUGUGCACUGGGGCACUGGUGCUCUCACUGACCCGUCGAUCGCCAUCGCUGCUCCUUCUUUCGGAUCGGCGUCCGCUGCAGCUUCCAAUUCCGCUGCAGUCCCCGCCGCAUCUGCUUCUGUGGCGGCUUCGUCCGUCGCCCCCUCUGUCGCGCCCUCGACCUCCCCUGCUGCGAGCAAAGCUGCUGCUGCUUCUCCCAGUCUCACUCGUUCCGUACUUGCAGCGUCGGCCCCCGCAUCCACAUCUUCGGCUGCGCCGCAAUCCUCCGGUUCCAGCGCUGCUCUUGCCAUGGGUCCCAUGGCUGCUUCCACACUCGCGUGGCCGCUCGCUGCAGGACUGGCUACUUUUGCUGCGGCAUUCACGAUCAUCCUCUAAUGACUUGGGGGAGCGCAGUAGUAGCUUUUCGGACACCUUCAUGGGCAUAUAGGAAUUCCUGGCAUUAAAUUAUUUCACUGUGAUCGUAUUGUGUGGCAAUGCGGUCACGUACAUACAGUGCACAAAAAAAAUGACGUCCCAGUUACCGCGGUGGACAUUGAUGACUCGGGUAGCGAAUCAGCUCGUCUAAUAGGAUUGCGA